CAGAGCUGCUCUUCAAAGCUUCAUCUCCCUGCCUCCGGAACUGUCGUCCGUCUGGGCUACCCUACAACAACUAUAUACAUUUACAUACCACUUUGUUUUAAUACCGCAACUUCCGGUCGCUCUGGCAUCAACCUAGGAGGUUAGAGUCAAGUCGGCUUGACCAUCAGCGUCAUUAUCCACCUCAUUUAUACAGACGUUUUGGUUGUUGCAGUGAAAUAAUGGCACCUUGACCUCGUCCAGUCUAUUCAGUGUUUUGGAGAGAAAACAAAGGAAACGCACGUUUUGUUCGUCACCAGUGUCCCAUCAAUAGAAGAGAGAGAGCGAGAGGUGAGAUUCAGCGCUGACUUGGUGGAUGUCUUAAAGCAUGAAUAACCUGGGACCUCCGAUGAGGCAAGCCAAUGGGGUGGCCAGAUCUGACAGCAAGAUGGGUGCCAAGGCUCUAUACGAGCAACGGAAGAAAUACUCCAAUGUUAUAAUGCAGGAGACGUCUCAGUAUCAUGUGGAGCACCUGUCCACCUUCAUGAUGGACAAAACAGAGUCCAUUGCCACAGUGGACGAUGCCAUUAAGAAGCUGGUGCUGCUGGACUCUAAAGAGAAGAUCUGGACCCAGGAGAUGUUGCUUCAAGUCAACGAUAAGGCUGUACGGCUACUGGAUGUUGAUACACAGGUACUUCAACUUACACAGUCAAAUUCCUGGAUCCACUGGCAGUUAGAUCUGCAGACAGUGAGCCAUUAUGGAGUGAUUGCUCAGGACGUGCAGCAGAUUCUGCCUGAAGCCGUGAAGGAGGGAGGAGACAUCAUCUGUUCCAAUGGAGAGACCAUCCCUAAACUUCUGGUGGUCAACAAGGACCGUAUCUUCAUGGAGAACGUCGGUGCAGUGAAGGAGCUGUGUAAACUGACUGACAACCUGGAGACUCGUAUAGAUGAGCUGGAGCGCUGGAGCAGGAAGCUGGCCAAACUCCGCCGUCUGGACAGCAUGAAGAGUACUGUCAGCGGAGGCACCACCAGCCAAUCAGGGAGCCAGUUCAGCAGGACAGGAAGUGGUCCCCUGAAGAGGAAGACAGUGAAACCUGGGAAUAAGAGUGCGACUCCAGAGCAGGGCUGUAUCAGUCACAGGUUCAUGCAGGGAACCAUUCUGGCUCUGGUCGUCGUCAUGACCUUCAGUGUCAUCUCCAUGUCUGUACUCUAUGUGUUAACACUGCACCACAGAGGGGACGUCAUUGAGAAAGACGUGUCUGCAGAGGGAUCAUCUAGGAUGGCCUCUGCUCCUCGAUCCACCAUCUCCACGCGUCAAGAUACAGUCCCACCCUCUCCUUCACUGGCCAAUCCUGCAGCUUGCUGUCCACCUACAACUGCCACAAACAACCAAUCAGCAACUACUCUGUCGCCAAGCAACAACCAGUCAACACUGGAAGUGAGUAGUCCAGUCCCUACACUGCGCAGCAUCAACAAGAAGGCCAAGUCCAGGCCUGUGGACAAGGACGGACGCUACCGGGCUCGUCUCAGCCACACCUCCGCCCCCAUCUACCUGUCCAGAGACGAAGAGACCUGCUUACUGCACCCAGGUCCUGGGGGGUGUAGAGGGGAGUGGGGGUCAACAACCGGCUGCCUGGACCGGGUGGGCCUGAAGACCAGCAGACACUGCCCCAGCCUCAGAGACAACGCAGGGACAACACACACAUCAGCACGGAGGAGGAAACAGUUGGAAGAUCGUCCCCUUCCCUUAUAG